CACAUACAGUAAGCCUCCCCUUUAAGAGACGUGGGCCGGGACGUGUGUCGGUGUGUUAAUGAAGUGUCAUCCAACCCUGUCCGAGCACUUGCACUGGGGGAGGAGAGUCCAGAUGGACAUAUAGAUAGGCCAAAUAAAUAAACAAACGACAGGAGCUGAAGGAUAGGAAACCCAUCCAUCUUUUCCUCCUGUGAGAUUCUUGCGCUGCGCAUCGGUGUUGGCGACGCCACCGGGGAGCGGUGCGCAACUGCCGUCUAUCGAGGACAGGAGCGAGGCAUCUGAGGGGGCAUUUGUGAUCCACAACAGACGGAUCCAACAGAAAACAGCCACAAUAGACCAACCCGACAACCAAGGAGGACGCUGUGGGUUAAUCUCCCGAAGACGAAUCAUUGUGAAAGCGUUUUUCCUGCGCUGACGCGGGGGGGAGAGCUAGUUUAACCUGAUGUCCCCUGAAAACCGGAUAUUUGGCUCACCUAUGGAUUGCUGAAUUAGAUUCGAUAAUUUUCUAAAAACUGGUUUCGCUGGACGUCUAAAGGAGCCUCGCUUGCGCAUUAUUUUUCACUCGCCCGGUUCUUUAGAAUUGCUGUAGGGCGAGAAAAUAGGUUUCACUGCCAGCCGAGUGUUACAUAACCGAGUGGCUUUAGCUGUCCAAGGUGCUGAACUGAGCGGUCGUAGCCUAUAACGGGACGAGCCGAGGGGGAAUUCUCAACCUUGCAAGGUCACAGGCCUAUCAAUUUGGGAAGAGGGAAGAGGGAAGAGGAAAAGCCUCGGAUCCGCUGACUGCUUCGCUGGGAAACCACUGGGUUUUCAGAUCAUUUUUUUUUUCGCCAUCUCCUGGUGAAACACAUUCCUGAGGUGGUCGAUUCCACAGAGAGAAAAUGUCGGGGCAAACGCUCACGGAUCGCAUUGCCGCUGCGCAAUACCAGCUAACGGGAUCAGAUAUGGCCCGGGCUGUCUGCAAAGCCACCACUCAUGAAGUGAUGGCGCCCAAGAAAAAGCACCUGGAGUAUCUGGUGGCGGCCACCAACGCCACCAACGUGAACAUCCCUCAGAUGGCUGACACGCUGUUUGAGAGGGCCACCAACGCCAGCUGGGUGGUUGUCUUCAAGGCCCUCGUCACCACCCAUCACAUGUGUGUCCACGGCAAUGAGAGGUUCAUUCAGUACUUGGCCUCCAGGACCUCGCUGUUCAACCUCAGCAACUUUAUUGACAAAACCGGCUCCCAUGGCUAUGACAUGUCUACAUUCAUCAGACGGUAUGGACGAUACCUGAACGAAAAGGCCUUCGCUUACCGCCAAAUGGCUUUUGACUUCACCAAAGUCAAGAAGGGUGCUGAGGGGGUGAUGAGAACCAUGACCACUGAGAAGCUGUUGAAAGGCAUGCCCGUCCUGCAGACUCAGAUUGACACACUGCUGGAGUUUGAUGUUCAUCCCAAGGAACUGAACAAUGGGAUCAUCAAUGCUGCAUUUAUGCUUCUGUUCAAAGACCUGGUCAAACUGUUUGCAUCCUACAAUGAUGGCAUCAUCAACCUAUUAGAGAAAUACUUCAAGAUGAAAAAGAGUGAUUGUAAGGAGGCCUUGGAGAUCUACAAGAGAUUCCUGACCAGGGUGACCAAGAUCGGAGAAUUCAUGAAACUGGCUGAGACAGUUGGAGUUGACAAAAAUGACAUUCCAGACAUCAACUAUGCUCCUAGCAGUAUCUUGGAGUCUCUGGAGACGCACAUGAACGGUCUGGAGGAUGUGAAGGGUGGAAAGAAGGGUGAAGGGUCUCCAACAAAGGGGUCUCCUACAAACAAUGUGUCUCCAACUUCAACUCCAGCCAAAUCUUCAAAUGCUGUUCCCACGCUGCAGCCUCCGCCUGGUGAGAGUGCUGCUGCCGCUGCCACAGCUGCUCCUGAGCCAGCCGAAGAUUCUUUGUUGGACCUGGAUCCUCUGUCCUCCUCAGGCCCCUCAGUACCGUCAGCCGCUCCCACGUCUUGGGGAGACCUGCUGGGCUCUGAAAUGGGCGAUUCCUUGCUAUCUGAACCCACCCUCACGGCAGAGCCCGCCCCCUCCCCUGCAGCAGCACCGCCCACUCCUGCAGCGGCAGAACCUGGAGUCUCUCUAGCCCCUCCCACUAGCACAGCAGCCGCCACCUCCCCUGGCGCCGCCAAUAUGGAUCUGUUGGGAGAUGCGUUUGCAACACCUGCUCCUGCCACUGAGGCCUCUGCAGCAGCUGAUGCUGGGGCUGCCACCACACCCACCCCAGCCGCCAACUCUGGAGCUGAGUCCGCUGGAGGAGAAGCCCCGUCCGCUGCCCCUGGAGCCGAACUGAUGUCAGUGUUUGAUGGAUUAGGGGAUGUCAUGAAACCCGCUGCCGCCCCCCAGGCCGGAGACCUCGACGCCACCAUGGCUAACAUGGCUGGUAAUCUUACGAUGGGAACCCCAGCGGCUCCUCAGCCUGGGGCACCGGGGGCUGGAGCUCCAAUGAUGCCCAUGGUGAGGCCAGGCUUCCCUGCAGCGGGAGCGACCCCGGGAGCCCAGAUGUCUCCGGGGAUGGGUCAGAGCCCCAGGAAGCCCCCACCUCCGAGGAACGCUCUGGAUGACCUCAACAUUAAGGACUUCAUGUAGACUGGCUGACCUGUAAGCCCCAAGAAGUGGUUGUUGUGUCUGGAGCUCUGUGGAUAUGGAUGUGUGCACUCCCCUCCUGCCUCCCCUCAGUCACGCCUGAGCCCCUCAGCCAAUCAGCCAUCGACUCUGCGAUCUUUGCCCUCUGACCUCCUCCUACCGAACCGCAGCCCUCGAAACCUCGCCCUCCCUAUCUAAUGUUGUAGCACAACUGUGAAUGUGAACCCUAGAAACAGAAAACAAAAGUUCCGUUUAUGUGUGUGUGAGUGUGUGUGUACUUCAGUGUUAACCUUUACUUAAUAGACUACAAGAAAAAAUGAACUUUAAAAAAAAAAAAAAAUUAAUGUGUAUUUAGAUUCGUUCUGGAUUUCCGCAUAUCAGCUGACUUGGAAUGGUGGAUAUAUGUUGGUUUCUUUGCGCAUUUCCCAGACGAGGACUGUGUUGUUAAAUGUGGACUGUGUUCGGUGUGUGUAAACCUCACUGGCCAAUCCCCACCCACCCUUCUAUCCCUGCUGUCCAAACUAAUGCUGAGCUAUGUUUAUGUCAUUAAAAAACUUGGUUGUAUUUCUACCCGCUUGACCAUCCAUCCAUCUGUCCUCCUCCCGCCCAUCUACUUCAACUUUUUUGAGAACAGUUCUGCAUCAAAGAGUAACUUUGCCUCCAACUUGCACCACAAAUCUGGGUUAAUCACAGAACAAAUAGAACGGUACCUUCCACUUUGUGUUUAGUUCAGUUUUAAUUUAUAUCUUCUUCUUUUUUUAGGGACUGUGUGAUACAUGCAAAAAUUUGUGGACUGUGUUCAAACUGACAUAUGCAUUUUAGAAUAUUUUGAUGAUAGAUUAUACAUAUUUUCUUUAAUCUUUAUUUUGAGAGAAAAAUGUAUCAUAUAUUUUUAGUUAUGUCAACGAAUAUGGUUGAAAAAAAAAAAUGCAAAUUCAAAAAGGUCCCGCCUCUUUUGUACAUAUCUCUCAACCUGUAUUCAGAGGCAGUAUUGAAUGGAAACCUAGCCCCGAGUGUUUACUGCUGCUCUCUCUGCUGGUGUGGAGUGGAACUGCAUCAUAGCAUGCAACAUGAGGUCGCUCUGGGAUGCAUUCCAAUACUCUCAAAGAGCUCCUUCCCUUGUCUCUCUCUCUCUCUCUCUCUCUCCACACGAGAUAGACAUUUAACAAUGUGUGAAUGUUCAGCUUGUAAUCCUAGUUGUGGAAAUGACAGAGACAAGGAGAAAUUGGUGGAUGAAACUGGAAUGUGACCUCAGUCCUAAGGCCGUUGUGAAGCAGUCAUGGAGGUCUCGGGGACUCUCUCACUGUAAAGCACUCCAAUAUACGCUGGAUGUUCUGUGUGUUGUUUAUUUCCAAAGUGACUGUAUCUUAAUCCAUUGUGGCAUUACAAAGUGUUGAAAGAAAAUAAAGAUGACUAAGACACAUAACACAAAAAAAGAAUGUGGAUAAGUAAUGUUUGCUAAGUAUUCAUAUGAAGGCUGUGUUGUUUUUGGGUUUCAUGGAUGGCAUCGUCCGCCCCCUUCCUCCCUCACCCCACCUGCAUGUGAGUCCAAAUGAGAUGCAAUAAAAUACAAAUACACUGAUCCAAACUA